AUGGGGCCCGACGGGUCUGUGUCCAUCAACACCCUCUUCGCGGCGAGCGCGCGGCUGUCGGAGUCGUGCUGGCACAACCCGGAGCAGCUGGUCCUCGCGAUCAAGAAGACGCCCGAGAGUCACCAGUUCAUCACCGCAGACAAGGUCAAUCUGACCGUCCGCGCGUUGUCGCAUUCGGAGCGCGUCUGCGUCCAGUGCGAGGACUAUCUGCUGGAGAGGCAGCAGCUGGUGGCCGGGCCCGCGCCCAUCUGGGAGUUACUCCAGCACCCGCCAGUGCAGGUCUACGUGGCGACGGCGGGGGCAGGCGCCUCCGCCUCAUCGGACAGCGAUUACGCCAACGCUGCCGAAGUCGUCGCGCAGGCGCUGGCAGAGUCGACGAUGCUGGAGGUCUCGGUGGAUGAGUCUGGGGAGCACUUCGUGGUGUUGCUGCCCCCCUCGGAGCCGCUGCGCGCAGUGGUCAAGCCCCUGCUCGAGAGCGACGAGAAGCUCAUCGCCCUCCUGCGGAACGAGGGCGAGGUGUCGCUGGCGUUCCUGGCAGAGCACCCCAGCGUCCGGAUCGCGCUGGCGCGCCUAAAGGUGGACGACAAGCAGGCCAUGCUGACGUGCCUGCAGGCGGCCGUGGAGCCGUUGGAGGGCGUGGAAUUCGACGCGUCCGGGAUGAGUUUCUCCCGGCCGUCGGCGCUUCCCGACGCGGGCCAGGCAGCGCCUGGCCAGGGCAAGAGGCGCCAGAAGAGGUGGCACCCAGAGGAGAAGGACGUGAAGAAGCUCAGGGACCACUUCUCGUUCUACUUCGACGAGUUCAAUCUGCAGCACAACAAGGUUCUCAUGGCCAGGAUGGAGUGCCUCCGCGACAAGGAGGCCCAGCGCCCCUUCUUCCGCCUCUCCGACGUGAGCCGCCUGCCGCGCAUCGAGGCCGUCCUGUCCCGCUACGACCAGGAAGGCGUCGGCUGGCUCCUCGAGGCCGUCUUCCAGGCCAAGGGGCGCCUGCCGGUGCGCCUGUCCUGGAGGAGCGACCGCGGGGAUCGGCGCUCGGGGCACUGGCAGGGGGUGCAGUCGCAGCCCGUGCUGGAGCUGGCCUACGCGCCGCGGCUCCGGCACCUCGAGUUCGUCCGCAGGGGCCCAGACACCGAGUUCCUCCUGAGCCCCGGCGCCAAUCCGACGGAUGCCAGCGGCGACCACCCGCUUCACGUGGUGGUCAUGGUCUCGUACUCCGUGUCGUCUGACCUCUCGCACUCCCAGUCGCCGAAGGCAAGGGACAUCCAGGAGCAGAUCAUGAAUGGCGAUGCGGACCCAAACAUGUUGGAUUGGGAAGAGAGGCAGAAGAAGCUGGUGCGGCAGCUCAGGAUGCACAAUGCUGAUGUAAUAUGUCUCCAGGGCGUCCAGAGUGUUGGCUUCAAAGAGCGCAACAGCGAAGCGGAUCCAGAAUGGUUCACUUGCGACGACGAGCCGGCAAACAACCAUUUGGCGCACUUGUAUCGGGACCUGAGCAAGGCGAACUACGGCAUCGUCUUCGCGCCAGUCAUGCAGAUGCCGUCGAGCUCCGCCCUUUGCCUCGGCAACGCGAUUCUGUGGAAGCGCAACCGGUGGCACAUGCACGCCUUCUCGGAUGUCUUCCGGACCGCCGUGGUGGCGGUGCUGAAAUCGAAGGUCGGCGGCCCGCCGCUGGCCGCGUGCAGCUACAAGCCGCCCGACGUGUGGGCGCAGGACUGGAACGAGCGCAUCCCGGCCUCCGAGCUGCUCCUGCCCGCCACGCGUGCGCAGGACGCCCUGGCCGCGGCGGCGGCCGAGCACGGCGCCCGGCCGCUGCUGUGCGGGGACUUCGCCCUGGAGCCCCGCGAGCUGCUGCCGCGCCUCGCGGCGGCGGCGGCGGCCGCGGGCGGCGCGGCGCCGGCCUGGCACAGCGCGUGCUGGUCGGUGAUGGGCUGCAGCCCCUGGACUUCCGCCGUCAAGCACUCCGAGGGGAAGGCCACGGACCUCAUCCUGCACGACGGGAGCCUCCGCCCGCUCGCGGCGCUGGGCGGGCUCCCAGAGCGCGUGGGCUUGCUGGAGUUCCUGAGGGCGGGGAACCCCUCGGACCACCUCUUCCAGUUCCAGACCUUGGGGCCAGCGGGCUGGCUGAUUCAAGGCAUCCUCGCCCUGGAUCACAGGACUCCAGUCAAGCGCGGAGAAACAGAGGGCAAGGCGCUGCUGACCUCCACGCCCGGCCCCGUUGCGCAGGGCGUGCAGCUGGAGGACGCGAUCGACUUCAAUUGCGAGUUUCGCGCUGUGGAGGAUAUCAGAGAGGCCUGGUCGGACGAGAAGAUUGCAUACUGCUGUAGGGAGAAGCAAGUCGGCUGCCAGGAGUAUGCGGAGGGUACGUCGACAACGCUGUUCGACUGCAGCGCUGGAAACGACGAUGCGGAGACGGGCUGGUCCGAGGAAAAGAAGCAGUUCUGCUGCCAGAGCGUUGGCGUCGCCUGCGCGUCAGGGGCCGCAGCCGUCGGGAGCACCAGCCAGGGGUCCACUAGUACGGGGACUACCAGCACGGGGACCACCACCGGCACCAGCGCCAGCGCCAGCACCAGCGCCAGCGCCAGCACCAGCACCACCACGGAGGAGGGGUGGGACUGCGCGGCGGGCAAGAGCAACUGGAAGGCCGGCUGGUCCGAGAAGAAGAAGGCGUACUGUUGCGAGCGGGCGCAGAUCGGGUGCGAGAGCCGCCCGUCCUUGGGGCUCAGCGGGUCGGACUCGUCCGUCUCCCUGGGGGCCCUGGACCCCAGCACGCCCGUGGGCACGACCUCUGGCCCCAUCGAUGGCAGCAGGCAGGCCUGCAGGAACGGAACGUGUCAGUACGGCAUCCUGGUGUGCGAGGAGCUUCUGCGCGUCGGUCGGGAGCUGGGGAAGGGGACGCAGAUCGUGUUUUACCCCGCGGGCGCCCUCGAGACAGGACUUCCGAAAGGGAGGGUCACGGUCCGCGACAUCAUAAACGCGAACCCCGAGGGCAAUUAUUACAGCCACGCUGUCAUCAACGGCUCCCUGGUGAAGGCGGUGCUGGACAAGAUGUUGGCCGACCACGGGGCGAACGUGGGCGUCAGCGCUGCGUUCAUGCAGAUGGCUGGGCUGCGCUUCCAGGCGUCCAGGAAGAUAGCCGCGCCCGCGCGCAGGCCCUGCCCAGGACCAAGACGCCGCCGAUAA